GCUGCCAUGGAACAGGGAGCUGAGGAGCUGAGGCAGUGGCCCACAGCGCACCAGCCCGCCCUGGAUAAUGAGAAGUCAAUGUCCAUCUUGGAUAUGUCUCUGACUUCUGGAAACAGUGGAGUGCACACUUCUUGGAACCAUGGUCCACCAGGCAUUCAAUGCUAUCCUCAAGGCACAGAGAUGUUGAGGACCAGUUUUGUCUCUGCUGAUGCAUCCAAGCAGAACGUGGGUGAGGCAGGGUCACAGUUCAGUAUGUCACUACCUGAGCAUGGUGUGCACUACUGUCGCCAAGCCACUCCCAUUUCUUCCCAGAUAUAUCAGCAGGGAGUAUCUCCCUCCCAGCCUGGGUCCCAGGUGAUGCCCUUAGGAGAAGCCUGUAUUCCAGUAGUGGUCAUGACCUUCAGUGAGAAUCCAAGGAUGCCUUCCAGUGGGCCACCAGUCUCAGCUUCCAAUGAGACGUUAAUGAUGUCCCACUCCAGUGCCCCAACAAUGCCAUUUUCUGGUCCCCCAACAGUGCCUUCCACCAGAGCUUCAACAUUUAAAACGUUAUUGACACCAACCAUGUCUUCCUGUGAGGCCCAGUCUGUGCUCCCAUCAGUGGCUCAGUUGUUGCCCCCCAGAGAUUCCUAUGGCCUUGAGAUGCCCUCAGCUGGGUCUCAAUCAUUGCUGAGUUUAGAAACACAGAACUCUCUUGUGAAUCAGUCAAACUCCCAGGAAGGCCCUUUUCUACCUGAGCAGCCCAUACCUGCUCCACAGAGAGCAGAAAACUCCAGGGCCCGGGAAAGGGCACCCAGGAGACAAUCCUCAGCGUCGAGGCCUUACCUCUGCGUGUAUAAUAACUGUGGAAAGGCGUACACCAAGCGCUCCCACCUCGUGAGUCACCAGCGAAAACACACAGGGGAGAAGCCCUAUAGAUGCAGUUGGGAAGGCUGCACUUGGUCUUUCUUCCGUUCCGAUGAGCUUGGACGACAUAUGCGGAUACACACCAGGUAUCGACCUCAUAGGUGUGAUCAGUGCGGCCGCCAGUUCAUGAGAUCUGACCAUCUCAAGCAACACCAGAAGAUUCAUCAGCGGAUGCCAGGAGCCGCAGAGCCAGGAUCUGCACAGCCUGGAACCAACAGUGGACAGGUGGACGGUGCUUGUGCUCCUAACCUUUAG